CACGAUCGUAUAUCGAAGAUUUCGCACCCGCAACGACGACAACGACAACCAUCCAUUCACACCAAAUCUCUGCCGCCCCUUGUAGCCAUGUCCUCCGCCAAAGCUGGAAAGAAGAGCCAACGCUCUGCCAUCGCCGACGUUGUCGCGCGCGAGUACACCAUCCAUCUCCACAGAAGAGUUCAUGGUGUCUCCUUCAAGAAGCGGGCUCCCAGAGCUAUCAAGGAGAUCCGCGCCUUCGCUGAGCAGGCUAUGGGCACCAAAGACGUCCGUCUCGACCCCCAGCUGAACAAGAAGGUCUGGGAAUCCGGCAUCAAGGGCGUCCCAUUCCGUCUGCGCGUGCGCAUCAGCCGCAAGCGUAAUGACGAGGAGGGUGCCAAGGAGAAGCUGUACUCUUUCGUACAGGCCGUCAACGUCAAGGAGCCAAAGGGUCUGCAGACAUCCGUCAUUGAUGAGGCAUAAGAGGAUUUGGCUUUUCAGUUGAUUUCUUACGCGCGGGACGACAUACAUGUGUGUGUGUGCGUGUGUCGUAGUGUUUGGCAAGGCAGCGUGGAGUUAAAACCUUUUUCCUUUUGGGACCCUUCUUGUCCCUUUCUUUUUUAAAAAAAAUUGUGAUGUAUGUACCUUAUAGAGAAAAAGGAAACAACACACGCGCUCUUAUCACAGCGUAAUGUGAGGCGCCACGCCAAACAAAAAUGGGAUUAUUGAACAAAAGGGUCAUGCCUUGAAUGGAUGUUUUUCACAACUAUAUAUAUACCUUUACGCCCCUGCGUCAACCAUGUUAUAAAUACAGAGAGUAUCUUGAAUGAAAUAAAGUGCAUCCGUCCGUGCUCAUCGCCGGAAAACCAAAAAUGUAGAUAGAGAGAGAGGCCAUCCCAUCCAUACAUAAUAACACCCACCCACCCCUCCACACGUCAAAUUCAUUUAAGCAAAUUCCUCGGGAUGCUUCCAUUCAUUCAUUCAUUC